GCCAUCCUUUUUUUCAGGUGCUUUGCUUUUCUCUGCGAAGGUGUGACCCACUCGCCCAAACACGCAGGAUAAUGAGGAAAUGAGAGUGAGAAGAGGCGCAUCUGAGCAUACGGCAUGAUGGGGACAGGCCAGCAGGGGAGGCACACAAAUAUCAGGGCUAUGACUCAGAGAACCAGCGGUUUGCCAGUGAAACCUCCCAGCCCCUUGCGGUUGAUGAGAUAACUGAACCAGGCUAUAAAACACCCCGGGAGGAGGUGUCCCGUAUUCGAUGGGCUGGACUCAUCCUCCGAAGAUGAAGGCUUUUCUGAUCACCCUGCUGGCUGCCAUCCUGUGCACACAGCCAGGUGGCUCACUGAAAUGCUACACGUGCAAGACGCAGCUCAGCAACUCCAAUUGCCAGACGUCGGUGGAGUGUGCCAAUGGCACGACAGCGUGCAAGACGGACGUGAUCAACGUGGUGGGCCUCUUCAGCAUCAUCAACAAGGAGUGCGCGGCCACGUGUGAGCAACGCUUCCAGGACUUCACCGUGGGGAAGCAGAACGUUUCCUGCUGCACCACCAACGGCUGCAACGUCAACGGGGCGGGCAGCGUGGCCGGCAGCUACCCCACCCUGGCGGCGGGGCUGGCGGCCAGCGUCGUCUGUGUCCUCCUGAGGAACGGGCUGUGAGGCGCGGGGAGGGGCCUCCUGUCCCCGCCCUGCCGAGGCCGCUAACCCCCCAGCUUCCCGCUCCGGUCGCGCGCGCGCUUCCCGCCGGGCGCCAACGCUUCCCUUGGCCAGAGCUUCCUGCCGGCUGUAAAUGAAGCAAAAGAAGCUCCGAGUGUGUGUCCAUGUGUGCGCCUCUUGGGUUGUGUCUGACACA